AUGACCGAACAAGGCGAUGAGGCUUCCUUAGCCAACGCUGCUAACUGGCUACGCCUUAUCUUUCAUUCGCUGACUUGCAACAAUCCGGGUUGCGUCCUGGGCGAGCGUUGCUCGGGAGGAAAAGCGUUAAUAUCGCAUGUGCUUACUUGCUCAAGUUCGGGUGCUUGCAUGGUGCCUUCAUGCGCUUCUGUCCGACGCCUAAUCUUGCACUGGCUGAGAUGCCAGGACACGCAUUGUCGACUUUGUGCUGCUGUCUGGAGAGAUCUUUCCGGACAUUAUGAAGUAAAUCAGCAGCGCGGGUUUUCCCCGCGCACGGAACGGCAAAUGGAACCCUUGCCACCAGAAGCGCCUGGAACACCAGACCGAACCGGCGCUGUUCUGCUUCCUUCUUCAAAUUCAAUCGAACGUGAAGAUGACGCAAAUGCAACUGGCGAUGGCGUUGCGGCGUUCGGCAGACGCCGAGACGAGCACGCGGCGGAUGUACGAAUCGCGGAGUUGGGUAUCGGUCACAAUAAUCCCCCAGCACAAGUCACGGAUCGGGCAGUCAUCCAGUUACAGGAGGCAACAUCGUACAUGCGGUACCUGUUGUACUGCUUGAUGUGUCGUCAAGCGAGGGUACGGUUGAGGGUGCGGGAGGCAGAUGAGGGACACGACACGGCCGCUAGAGCUCCCGGCCUUCAUUUCUGGCUGAACAUGGCGAUGCCACCACAAGCAACAGGGCACGUCACCGCGGCGGUGGUGGCGGCGGCGGCGCCGCCGGCGGUGGCGGUGGCGGUGGCGGCCAUACGGCCCCCGACGGCGACGGCUGCAUUGCGGAUGGCCCUUCCCUCCGCAGGUCGUCGGCUGCUGUGCCACCGCCUCAUGUGCCGGAAUCCCCUCUGCGCCUUGUGCUCGGGCACAUGCGAGCUGUUUACGCGGGGUCAAGGUCUACGGCGGGAGCUGCCCGUACCCAGCGGUCUGUACGACAUGGAUGUCAUCGUCCAUCUCUCUCCACCACCACCGCCACCGCCGUCGAAGCCCGGGGCGAGUGUCUUCUGCCCCCUGCUGCUGCCAGCCUUAUCUCCACCCUGCUCUCUGUAUCGGGUCGUACUUUAA